AUGGAGUACUGUGGCAUAGGGCAUUGGGUCCCAGUGCAAACAUUUCGUUGUCACGAGCGCCCUCUUAACGCUAGGCGGCGACACCGGCCCGCUUGCACCACCGACACCACAUCGACCGACGGUACUGGUGCCUCGGGGGCACCCCCAACUAAAAGGAACACCCGAGGGCCGUGUCGGCAGCUGAAGACGGCGAAGGUCACCCGGGUGACCAACAGUUGUAGCAGCAUCGGAUAUGACGAGCGCCAUCGGGCUACACCGACGGCGAAGUUGCAUAGCUCCUUGGCCCACGACAUUGGCCACGUCGUUCGGACCAAUUGCCCGAUGCAAUGGAAGUCUUGGAAGGUCAUGCCUGACGAGAUCAAGAUGCAAGUUCGCGGCCAUGAACUACCACUUAGAGGACCCAACGAGGAGACCUUGGCGUACGUCAACAGACUCUUCGGUGAGAGGUACAAGCAAUGGAAGAGCGACUUGCACCACCAUUUUCAGGCAUUUGAUGAUCCGCAAGUCGCUCUUCAGGAGGGUUGCCCAAAGGAGCUUGAGGGGCGGGAGGAUAGUUGGGCGUGGCUCUGUGCUCAUUUUCAGGCGCCCGAUUAUGUGAAUAAAGCCCAAGUGAAUAAGGGCAAUAGGAAGAAGAAGACUCUUCUCCACCAUUUCAGCUCCAGGCCCUUCUCAUAUAGGAUGGAUGCACAGCGUCAGGGGGGGUCGAAAUUCCCAGAUAUCGACGUCUUUGGUGACAUUUAUCUUCGACCUGGGAAUGAGUUGGCCGAGUCCCUUCAUACGAUGAUGGUGGAAAGGAGCGAGUUGGUUCUUCAAGAGUCCGCCUCCCAACUUCCUCCUGAGACUCCGAUAGAGUCUGUGGAUCCUCCGCAUGAUGCUGGAUUUCAGAUUUUGACGCAGACGUUGGAUCAGACUCUCGGGAGGAGGUCGGGAACGUAUUGUAGGGGGAUGGGGAAUGCCCGACAGAGGGAACCUCGACUGCGGUCAUCGUCGCAGGCAAACAGUCAGGUGACUGUUUUGACAUCGCGGGUUGCCAGACCUCCGAGCCGCAUGUGGCAGAUGACCAAGUAG